GCAGGUCCGACUGCUGAUUGGGCAUAGGACUUCUCAAGGUGUGUCUUUUGCCAAGAAGCUUUUGCAUUUUAAGAGUACAUAACAGACCAUGAUAACCUCCUUCUAUGAGUCAAAGGCAUUGUGAAGUGAGGUAAUAGAUAAUGAAGUAUCUACCCAUUUCUAACUGGCUGACCCAGCUUGGUCUUGCAGAAUAUUGCGCACACUUUGAACAAUAUGAUGGCAUAGAGGACUUACUCCAUCUUACAGAAGUUGAUCUUAGAAAAAUGGGAAUUGAAAAUCAAGUCCACCGAACACACAUCAUUUACAAUAUCCUGCUGCUUCAGGAGGUAGAAAAAAAGAAAGAACCAAAAAUGAUAGCUGCAGGAAAAUUUUCAAGUCUUCCAAGAAAUGGCCCAGUGAACCACCAGUUCUCAUUAGCUGCUUCCAUGGACCUUUUGACCACUAAACCUUCGCCAACUGAGCAUCGCUCAGACUCCUUUCAAGACAUCUCUAUCCAUGGCACUCUCCCCAGGAAGAAGAAGGGGACAAUUCCUACUAGGUCUUGUGAUAUGUUUAGCCACAUGGGAACAUUGGCAUACACCAGAACACAGCGGCAGCAGCCACCUUUUGUACAGGAUGUUAUAGAAGAGUAUCCUCCGCAAAAUGGGAAGAGUAACAAACUUCAUGUCAGAGAUCAGAAUAUUCUGGAUCCUACUUUGGAAUAUGUUAAGAUGAUCAGUAACUACUAUCAAGCCUCAUUCACAGGUGAGAAACAUAAGCUGGAAAGGUCUGAGUCUGAAAUACAGGAUAGAAGUUUUGAGUUUUCUAGGGAGAGGCAAGUUAUGGACAACAGCCCAGAAAAACUGAAGAAGGAGUUAGAGGAAGAACUGCAGCUAAGCAGUGAAGACUUGCGUAGCCACGCCUGGUACCACGGACGUAUUCCUCGGCAGGUGGCAGAAGGCCUAGUUCAGAGAGAUGGAGAUUUUCUGAUCAGGGAUUCUCUUUCCAGUCCUGGGAACUUUGUUCUUACCUGUCAGUGGAAAAACACCUCUCAGCAUUUUAAAAUCAACAGAACAGUUCUAAGACUCAAUGAAGCCUACUGCCGUGUUCAGUAUCAGUUUGAACUUGAAAGUUUCGACAGUAUCCCCGGCUUAGUUAGAUACUAUGUUGGGAAUCGCACACCAAUAUCAAAGCAGAGUGGAGCAAUUAUUUUUCAGCCUAUCAACAGGACUGUGCCUCUCAGGUGUCUAGAAGAAAAGUAUGGUGUAACUCCAAUCCGACAAAAAGAGCCAAAUAUCCCUGAAGGAAAAACAGAAACUGCAAAAAGACUGAGUCUUGGUAUAUCCAGCAUGCAAUCCCCGGAGCAGAGCAUACCCAGAGGAAAUCUUCUGAGAAACAAAGAAAAAAGUGGUAGCCAGCCAGCUAGUUUGGAUCACGUUCUGGAGAAAAGAUUCCCUUUAAAGGCUCACCAGUCAGAGAGCUAUCUGCUAAUAGGCUCAAGACAGCCAUCUCGAUUACCUGAAGCAGAUGCAGACUCCUGUCCAAGCUCUCCUGCAUUUAGAACAGGCAGUGAACCUUCUCUGAGGCCCACAGUUGUUCAGAAAGUCACCUCCGAGUCACAAGUAGGGGAAGCUCUUAGAGGAUCAGACAGUCAGCUCUGCCCGAAGCCUCCACCUAAACCCAGCAAAGCACCCCUGAUGAAGCCCCCAGAUUCUCCUUUGGCUUCCCACAGUUCAGAAGGACACUAUUGUGAACUAAGCCCUGCCAGAGAUCCUGCAGCAACAAAACAACAUUUAUGUCAGAAAAGCAGCUAUGUGGAACAACUGACACGAAAGGAGAGGGGAACACACUCAUUCAGGAACUCUGGAACAAACUAUUUGAUCCUGGAAGAUGACCCUACAAUGAACUCUGCAGAUCCUUUAGAAGCUUCAACUGGAAUGGCUGAAGAAGACGGCAUCUUUUCUGCACCUGUUUUUGAGACGGUGUCUAGUUUUAAACCAAAUGAUUUUGAAUCCAAACUACUUCCUGCUGAAAACAAGCCAUUGGAAACAUCAAUGUUAAGAAGAGUUAAGGAGCUUUUCACCAACAACAAUCCAAAGAUUAUUGCACAGCAUAUUCUUAGAAUGGACUGCAAGGUGGCAAGGAUACUAGACGUUUCUGAAGAGAUGAGGAGGAUUAUGGGAGUGAACUCUGGUCUUGAACUGAUUACCUUGCCUUAUGGACAUCAACUGCGCCUUGACCUAAUUGAAAGGCACAAUACCAUGGCAAUAGGAAUAGCUGUGGAUAUUUUGGGUUGCACAGGAAAUCUGGAAGAUAGAGCAGCAACAUUAAAUAGGAUCAUCCAAGUUGCAGUGGAGCUGAAGGACUCGCUGGGGGAUUUGUAUGCAUUUUCUGCCAUUAUGAAAGCACUGGAAAUGCCACAGGUCACUAGGUUAGAACAAACCUGGACCUCUCUAAGACAUCAUUAUACCCAGACUGCCAUUAUGUAUGAAAAACAGCUGAAGCCAUUUAGCAAAGCUUUGCAUGAAGGACAAGAGGAGUGGAAUAAGACUGUCAGUGCUCCACAGAACAAUGUAACAGUGCCACUGCUGAUGCCUCUCAUUACCUUGAUGGAGCGACAAGCUGUCGUUUUUGAAGGCAUGGACCUGUGGGAAAGCAGUGACCAAAGCUGCGAAAUAAUGCUCAAGCACUUGGCCAUAGCUCGUCAGAUAGCACAGAAUGCAGAAAUGUACAGCUUGACUGCAGAACAGAUGCUGGAAGGUUUCCAGCCCGAUGAAGAGAUGAGUGAAAUCUUCAAGACAGAAUUUCAAAUGAGAUUGCUCUGGGGCAGCAAAGGAGCACAAGUUAAUCAAAACGAAAGAUACGAGAAAUUCAGCCAGAUUUUAACUGCACUUUCCCGAAAACUGGAACCUCCUCCAGUGAAGCAGGUUGCAGAAACGAUCCUUUAUCUGUGACCACAACAGAAGGCUCAAGUAUCACUGUACCUUUGAAAGUAGAAAAUUAAUUGUGUAUGUGUUGGGACAUCUUACUUUUUAAGACAGCAUCUGUAGUACUUUUUGGCUUUUGCUGGAGCCUGCACAACAGCUAUGCUGCCAGGAAUGAAUGAUGAAAUUGCAAGAACAAACAAUCCAGAUAAUUAAAAUGCUUUCAGAUAUGAGUAAAUGUGGGUGUAUGUAUAUAUUAAACUUGCUUCAUUUACUGAGGUGAA